AUGGUGAUGUAUGAUUCCAUACUUGCCAGAAGUUUCAGUCGGCAUGAGCAGAAGAAAUUGAGAUAUGGAGCAUUUGUUUGCUGCUUGCUCAUAGCAUUGUGCUUCUGCACAGUGCUCAAGCCUAAUUUGAAUCCUCUACCAGCUUUGAAAUUGCAGCGGUCAAUGGGGGUCAAACACCAGAUACUGGCACUCUGGGAAACAAACAGCACUCAGCAAGUAAUUAAAAACAUGCUCGAAUAUCCGGAGAUAAACACAAACACGACGGAGGAGUUUGAAAAUAUGACUUCUCAAGUAGCAGCAGAUUCUGAUGAUCUGCAGCAAAACGCAAGCACUCUCACUAAUCCCAUUGCAAGCAGCAGUCAGGCUGAAGAGGCAAAGAUUGAAGAAGUGGUGACAAAGAAUUUAGAGCCACUUUGCAAUACCAUGGAAGCAAAAACGGAAUUUUGCGAGAUCAACAAGGAUGUUCAUGUCGAUGCGAAAUCUUCGUCAGCGUUUGUUGUUUCAUCUCAAAUUGGGAAUAGGUCCUGGAGUAUAAGACCUUAUGCUCGAAAAGAAGACAAAACGGCUAUGAGCCAUACUCGAGCAUGGUCAGUGAAACCAGUCAUUGGUGAUCUGGAAAUCCCUCAAUGUAACCGAAAUCAUAGAGUUCCUGCCAUCUUGUUUUCAAAUGGUGGAUAUACAGGAAACCAUUUCCAUGAGUUCACUGAUGUGGUGAUCCCUCUCUUUAUCACUUCUAGAAAAUAUGAUGGAGAAGUUCAAUUUCUUAUUUCGGAUAUAAAACCUUUUUGGGUAACAAAGUACCAAGCAGUACUAAAAGGACUGUCCAAGUAUGACAUUAUCGACAUCGACAAGGAAGAUGUUGUGCAUUGCUUCCCAAGCCUAACGGUUGGCCUUAAAAGACAUGAAAAGGAGCUGAGCAUUGACCCUUCAAAACAUUCAUAUUCUAUGAAAGACUUCAGAGAGUUUCUAAGAAACAGUUUCUCAUUGAAAAAAGCCAAUGCAAUCAGAAUCAAAGAAGGUCAUCAACGAAAAAGGCCCCGGCUUCUGAUCAUACCAAGAAAGAGAACAAGGUCUUUCACAAAUACAGGGGAAAUUUCUAAAAUGGCUAGACGCUUGGGAUUCAAGGUGAUUGUUGCAGAGGCUGACAUUAACUUGUCAAAAUUUGCAGAAGUCGUAAACUCUUGUGAUGUGUUAAUGGGAGUUCAUGGAGCUGGGCUUACAAACAUUCUUUUCCUUCCUGAGAAUGCAGUUUUCAUUCAAAUACUUCCCGUUGGAGGGUUCGAAUGGCUGGCUACGAACGACUUUGGCGAGCCUUCACAAUAUAUGAAUCUCAAGUAUUUGGAAUAUAAGAUAAGCAAUGAGGAGAGCACGUUGAUACAGCAAUACCCACUGGAUCAUGCAGUUUUCACUGACCCUUACUCAAUUGGAAAACAGGGGUGGGAAGCAUUCAAGUCAAUAUUUUUGGAGAAACAAAAUGUAAAGCUUAAUGUCAAUAGGUUUAGACCUACACUGUUGAAAGCCCUUGAGCUUCUGCAUCAGAAUUAG